GCUCAGCUGCUGGAGCUGCGGACUCAGAACUACCAGCUGUCUGAUGAUCUCAGGAAGAACACGACAGAGCUGAACGCCAUCCGUCAGAAGAAUGUAGUUCUGGAGAGAGAUUUCAUCAAAGCACAGAAGGCUUUGAAUAAAAGCAAGAAAGCUCAGGAGGUGGAGGCGUUGCUGAGUGAGAACGAGAUGCUUCAGGGGAAACUUCACAGUCAGGAGGAAGACUUCAGACUGCAGAACAGCACGCUGAUGACUGAACUCUCCAAGCUGUGUACGCAGAUCGAGCAGCUAGAGCAGGAGAACCAGGGUCUGAAGGAAGGAGGAGGAGCCGCUGCAUCUAGCCCCGCCCCCAACUCCACCUCCAGCCCCGUGGAUGGAGAGCUGCUCCGCCUGCAGGCUGAAAACUCCACCCUGCAGAAGAAGAUGAAAGCUCUCCAGGAGCACCACGACAAAGAGCUCCAGAGACAGGCGGCCGCACAUGGCGCCAAUACAGAGACGGACGGGUCGGCCGGCGCCAACGGAGUGUCUGAUGUCACAGGGAGAGGGGAGGAGCUAGCAGCAGAGGGAACCAGUGACAGGACAGAACAGACGUCGGCUCAGCUGGAGCGCACAGACAAACAGCUGCACGGCCUGUCAGAGAAGAGCGUAGAGAAGAUUGUAGGUAAGCAGGCAGCGCUAGGCUGGUCGGCUGCUCUCUGUCCAAUAACUCACUGCUUUGGACCAGAGCUGGAGAUGGCACUGAACACGGAGCAGGAGGAGAAGAGGCUGCUGAGGGAGCAGAUCCACAACCUGGAGACGUCCAAACAGGCAGAAAUCACCAAACUGCAGGAAGAGAUCACAAAGCUGUCUGACAAGUUAAAGAAGAAACAGGAGAGUUUUCAGCGUCUGCAGGGAGAGAAGGAGGCUCUGUACAAUGACAGCAGGACAAAGAUCGAUGAGAUCAACCAAAAAAAAGAGGAGGAGCUGAAAGCCAUGAACCUCCGCGUCCAGAAACUACAGUCAGACCACAUGGCAGCCAAUCAGAUGACGGCAGAGCUGAGAGAGCAGCUGCAGAGCAAAGACAAAGAACAUGAAGUGGCUCUGCACAGCCUGAGAGACCACGUAGCCAGUCAGAGUGUCAGUCAGGAACAGGUGGACAACAUCCUGCAGGAGAAUGAUGCUCUGAGGACAAACCUAGCUGCUCUAGAACAGAUCCAGACGGUGAAGACGCAGGAGAUGAACCUGCUGCGUGAACAGCAGGAGGCGCUGACGUCCGAGCUGCAGCAGAGACGAGUCGAGCAGGAGAGUCUGUUAGCGCAGAGAGACGACCUCAACUCCCAGCUGCAGGAGUCGAGUUUUGCAAACAGGAAGUUGUUGGAGCAGCUGACGGACGAAGGACAGGAGAAGGACAAACUGCUGAGAGAGCUGGACGAGGCCAAGAAGACAGCAGAGAAGAGGAAGGCCAUGUUGGACGACAUGGCCAUCCAGCUGAGCCAGGAGAAGUCUGACCACAAGGAGGCGCUGUCAGACCUCAAACUGCAGCAUGAGAAGGAGGUUCUCGGGGUGAGGGCUCGUUAUGAGAAGGAGCUCCGAGGUCUCCAUGAAGACAAGAACCGGUCAGAGGAGGAGAUCCGACAGCAGCUCAGAGAUGAAAAGGCUCGUACGAAGGAGUUGGAGGGUCUCCAGCAGCGGGUGGAGGAGCUGCAGGCUCAGGUUCUGUCCAUGGAGGGAACCAAAGGAUGGUUUGAGAGGAGACUGAAAGAGGCCGAGGAGAACAUCGAGAAAAAGUCUCUGGAACAUCAGGAGGAGUUUGAGCGCCUGAAGAAGGAACACACACUCCAGCUUGAGGAGAAGCAGUUGCAGACAGAGGGAGUGCAGCAGCAGCUGGUGGAGGUGGAGAAACAGAAAGAAGAACACAACGACACCAUCGCUAAACUCAAACAGGAGAUCAAAGACACCGUGGACGGACAGAGAAUCCUGGAGAAGAAGGGAAGUGCAGCG